AUGACUGGAUCACUGCUCGCGAAACGUGCAUUAUGGCGGUUGCGGGAUUCCCGGGGCAGCUCCUUAGGCGAAGAAAUAGCUACUGAAAACUCGAAACCGCGAAGGAAGAGCUUCUCAGGAGACGAGAACGCGGCUCGGCCGGAUGCUAAUGCAGGAAACAGCGGCAAUCCAGCCGAAGAUAGCGGGAUUGUAUUAAUCGCGGGCACGUGGCAAGUCGAGAAUGCAGGGAAAACGGCGGCGGAGCCAGGCGACAGGACUCCGGGAAAUGCGGGGGACGAGAACCCGCAAAAUGCGGCGGGAAGUUCGGCGGGAGGUUCGGAGCAGCGGGAGACGUUGGAGAUUAUGUUAGAGGAUGGGUUGCACAUGACUGUGGAACUUGACUCGGGCGAGCGGCUUCUUAACGAGCUGGGAUACAAACAGGAGCUGAAGCGACGCCUCGGCUUCGUCGAUGUGUUUUCUAUUGGCCUCUCCACCAUCAUUAUCUACGCUGGCGUUGUCCCGUUCUACGCCCAUACGUACGUCAACGGAGGCCCAGUGGCGCUCGUGUGGUACUGGUGGCUCACAGCUCUCUUCACUCACUGCGUCGCCCUCACCUUCGCGGAAGUCUCCUCCUCAUUCCCUGUGAGCCACGCCUUGGCCCAAAUCUUCACUCUAUUCUCACAUCACACCCAGCUCUGUGCCCUUCCUCCCCACCCUCCACUUAGCCAAUCCCAGGGCUGGUUGGAGUUCUUUGGCAUAUCUGUGGGGCUGGGCGGCGUGGCCUUCGGGGGGGUGCAGCUGCUACAGUACACCAUCUAUGCCGCUACAGGGGGUGCUAAUAACGGGGGCUACUUCCUCAGCAACUACGAGUGCUUUGGGAUCACAGCGGGCGUGCUUAUAAUGGGGGGACUGCUCACCUCGCUGCCCAUAAAAAUGAUUGGAAGACUCAACGUCUUCACUGCAGUCUGGCAGAUACUGCUCACACUCGUGAUCAUUGUGCUGCUGCCAUGUGUGGCUGUCACCACUCAACCUGCCUCCUUUGUCUUCACUCACUACCACGUGCAGCUCAAUCAGAGCCACCUACCUAAUGCGGCGUACGCCUUUGUGGUGGCGCUGCAGCUCUCACUCUACGGCCAGUACAGCUACGACACUGUAGCGCACAUGGCAGAAGAGACAAAGCACGCCGACCGCACGAUCCCGCUAGCCAUGGUCUCAUCCCUCUCGUGCGUGUGCGUGCUGGGGUGGGGGCUGCUCCUGUCGCUCACCUUCUGCAUCGAGAACAACGACCGGCUGCUGGGGACGGACAACGAGACGCGGGGCGAGUACCCGGUGGUGCAGAUCAUAUGGGACGUGUUCUUCAGCCGCUACGGCAGCGGCACAGGGGCGGUCAUCAUCCUCUGCUGCAUGUCCCUCGCCUUCUUCCUCGGUGUUGUCGGAGGGCUCACGGGCGCAUCCCGAGCGGCCUACUCCUUGUCGCGUGACUCAGGCCUCCCCUUCGCCUCCCUGUGGCGCCGGGUCAACCGCAGCCGCACGCCCAUCUACGCCGUGUGGCUCUGCUGCAGCAUCGCCAUCCUCUUCUCUCUCCCUCUCCUUGACGACUCCAUUACCUUCCAUUUCAUCACCUCGCUUGCGACCGUUGCAUGGGUCGGCAGCUAUGCGGUCCCCAUAUUCUUCCGCCUCAUUCAACGGGACGAGGACUUCGAGCCCGGGGCAUUCAACCUGGCUGACUAUAUCGGGCACACAGGCAGGCGACUCAUCAACCUCACAGCGCUCCUCUUCGUCAUCUACACCAUCGCAACGUUCCUGGUCCCUGUCGAUUUCCCCAUCACUCCGGCGAAUUUCAACUAUGCAUGUGUGGGAAUCGUGUGCCUCCAGGCGCAGCAGCAGGGGCACGGCGUAGCUGCCGACCCAUGCGACGGUGGCGAGGGAGGUGAUGGCGAAGAAGGUGGAGGGGGAGUGAAGGAGAGGCAGGGAGAAGAGGAUUGCAAUGGAGGAGAGGGAGAGCCGGGGGGAUGGGGGGAUGGUGGGUUUAGGGAAUGGGGAGAUAAACUGCAGGGUGGUGGCGACGCAUGGGAGGAUGAUGAUGAUGAUGAUGAUGAUGAUGAUGAUGAUGAUGAUGAUGAUGAUGAUGAUGAUGAUGAUGAUGAUGAUGAUGAUGAUGAUGAUGAUGAUGAUGAUGAUGAUGAUGAUGAUGAUGAUGAUGAUGAUGAUGAUGAUGAUGAUGAUGAUGAUGAUGAUGAUGAUGAUGAUGAUGAUGAUGAUGAUGAUGAUGCUGAUGAUGAUGAUGACUGCUGCCACUACCACAAUCUGAUUGGGGAGGGAUGA